UCAAAUUAAAGACUUAAUCUGAAUUCACACUGCUACUAGGCAAUAGAUCCACAUUUUUAAGUUCAGGCAAGGCUGACUCCUGAUUACCAGGCUUAAUCACUAUACUACUAUGUUCACAGAAAAUCAUUCACCCUAUGUAAAAUUCUUAAAUGAGAUAAAUUUUCUUUACAGAUUUAUCAGAAAUAUGACCUACCAAGGCAUUUACAUUAAAGAUAUUUCUUCAAAAGGAACUUACCUGACUGACUUUAUCACAAAAAUUUCUCCAAAGCACAUACAUGCGCAGAACAUUAAAAAAUUAAACACAAAGAACCACGCCCCAUUUCCUUACCAACUCCCUUCUCCUCCCCAAAAUACACAUACCUGAAAGUUUCUACCGGCAAACAACACAACUGUGCUAUAAAGUACUUUGUAUCAUUAGUCACUAGGAACACUGCUGGCAAAUACUCUGCCAAAAAAAUCUGAUGAAUGUCUUUUGUAAGUAAUUCAUGUCUCUAAAUAUAGAAACUGGAAGAGGCGGCGGCGGCGGCGGCGGAGGGGGUAGGGAACCUGGAAACGCGAGCGGGGAUGGUAGGUGUUUUGGACCCGCCGGGCCGCCGUCGUUUCCAGAAAGGGUUUGACUGGAGGAACCUCUGGAGCAGCUAUGUUGAUACCAGUGAACCAGGAUCAAUUCUCCCUAAAUGUUGGAACAGUGUUCUGAAGCUCUCUGCACAAUGGACCAGAGUGUUUCAUUGAGUUGGCUGGCUCCUCUGACUGAUGGCAUGUUGAGGCACAUGGGCCAGUGGCAACGAGGGCAUCUAAUCCAGAGAGGGCCGCUCUAGAGGCCAGGCCACCAGCAUCAUGGGCCAGUGUGUCACCAAGUGUAAGAAUCCCUCAUCAACUCUGGGUAGCAAGAAUGGAGACCGUGACCCCAGCAGCAAGUCACAUGGUAGGCGGAGUGCAAGCCACCGUGAGGAACAGCUGCCCGCCUGUGGCAAGCCAGGUGGAGAUAUCCUUGUCAAUGGGACCAAGAAGGCAGAGGCUGCUCCUGAGGCCUGCCAGCUGCCAACAUCCUCCGGAGAUGCUGGGAGGGAGCCCAAGUCAAAUGCCGAGGAGUCGUCUCUGCAGAGGUUGGAAGAACUGUUCAGGCGCUAUAAGGAUGAACGGGAGGAUGCAAUUUUGGAGGAAGGCAUGGAGCGCUUUUGCAAUGAUCUAUGUGUGGACCCCACGGAAUUUCGAGUGCUGCUUUUGGCUUGGAAGUUCCAGGCUGCUACCAUGUGCAAAUUCACCAGGAAGGAAUUUUUUGACGGCUGCAAAGCAAUAAGUGCAGACAGCAUUGAUGGGAUCUGUGCACGGUUCCCUAGCCUCUUAACAGAAGCCAAACAAGAGGAUAAAUUCAAGGAUCUCUACCGGUUUACAUUUCAGUUUGGCCUGGACUCUGAAGAAGGGCAGCGGUCACUGCAUCGAGAAAUAGCCAUUGCCCUGUGGAAACUCGUCUUUACCCAGAACAAUCCCCCGGUAUUGGACCAAUGGCUAAACUUCCUAACAGAGAACCCCUCGGGGAUCAAGGGCAUCUCCAGGGACACUUGGAAUAUGUUCCUUAACUUCACUCAGGUGAUUGGCCCUGACCUCAGCAACUACAGCGAAGAUGAGGCCUGGCCAAGUCUCUUCGAUACCUUUGUGGAGUGGGAAAUGGAGCGAAGGAAAAGAGAAGGGGAAGGGAGAGGUGCACUCAGCUCAGGGCCCGAGGGCUUGUGUCCCGAGGAGCAGACUUAGUGGCUCUGUCUCAGGAGCAGCAGCAAGGAUCUGCCUGCUGCCCUGCAGUCAACCAAGGAAUUGGACCUUUCUGGAAAUUACUGAAGAUCCGGAUAUUUUCUACUUUACACCUUUCUCUGCCUUGUAUCUGAAAGGGCUCUAAAAUGCUGUAUCAUGUUUUAGGCACUUUCUUCACUUUUGGUUAUUUUGGUUAUUUCCCUUUUUUGGGGAGGGGUCCCCCAAAAUAUUUGAACCUGGCUACAUGUUGUAUAUCUUUUUUUUUUUUUUUUUUUUGAAGCCUUCAGAUAGAAUAAGCCUGCCACUUCUUGCACAAAUUAGAUUUUUUUUUUUGGUGGGGGAGGGUGUAGAGCAGGUAGUGGGGAAUGGGACAGUUAGGUUGAAUUAUUGUUAUAAAAUGAUACAGUGCCAGAUCUCAGUUUUGCAUAUUCUUAUUUUUCAGGGCAGGUCUGUACUGUGUGUAGUGCUGUUUACAUGGUUGAAUUUAGGUUGUAAUAAUUACUUUUAAAGAUUUACACAGAGUUGAAUUUUGAAUUAGCAGUGUUAACUGUUAACCACAUUGCAUUAAUUCCCAGGCAAUUUAAAGCUCUUGGAGAGCCAAGGCCAGCCAAGAGCAUUUGUAGUCUGGUGAUGACCCCCUUUUAAGCUAAUUUAUCUGAAACUCUUUAUUUUUCUCACUUCUUGCUCAUUCCUUCUUUUACCUAUUUCAUUUCAUGUUGAGUUUAUCCGUCAACAUGCUGCACCUGUCAGUCAAGUGAGCAGUUUUGUUAGAACACGUUGUACUGAGAACCACUUAAGCAUUGAAUGCAGAGAAAGCAGUGCUACCUCAGUUUUGCUGGAAGUAGACUUUGAUAGUUUUCUUUCUUUGAUGAAUUUUCUGUAUUUUCAUGUUGUAAGUGGAAAUACUUUUUUUUUUUUUUUUCAUUUGCUUUGGAGCCAAAGUUUCUGUUCCUGGUGGUCAGAAAACUGUGCCUGCCGGCCAACUGACUUGAAGGAAAACUGUGGUAUGGAGCUCUGCUUGAAUUUUUUUUUUUUUUCUUAAUUGAGUAUCAUCAGCUUACUUGUCUGGCAAGUGCAGGAGCCUGGGGUUGGCCUGAACUCUGCCAAACAAAUACAUAGUGUAUUUAAUGGUUAAAUGCGGGCCCUGUCCCUUCUUGCUGCACCCGUGUUGUCACUUAACCCCCAGAGUUAUUUAUUUUCUUCUUUGUUAAUGUCAGGCUCAUUUGGGGUAAUGUGAUGACUAUUUAGGUUUACAUGACCCUCCUCACCUUUUCCUACCCCCAAAUAUGUAUAUAUACAUAUAUAUGUAUAUAUUUUACCUAUAUUAUAUAUAUAUAUAUAUAUACACAUAUAUGUAUCUAUAUUCCUUUGUUUCUUUGCCUGCUAAAACUAGCUAUAAAAGGGAGCUGCCUUCAAUAUGCAAAGUAUAAGAGUGUCAGGGAGCAUCAUAAUGAAGGCUUUUGAAUAUGAAUUUAGAUCAUUUUCAUUAAAGAUGAAUUUUCUCAGUCUUUUCCUCACAAGAGGGAGUCCCAAUUCCCUAGACACCUCCACGUGCUUGCUCUGUAAGGCCAGCUUUGGCUAAACUGCCACACAGGAGCUGACUGGUCCUACCUGGUUUUAGUAGAGGGUCCUCUUAUUUUUCCAUUAAAAAAAAAAAUGUCCUCAUAAAACUGUACUGGAAGGAUGGAUGGCAGGAACUUGUACCGUUCAGCUUCCAAUACUUUGGAACAGAUUGAAAAGGGAAUUUUUAAAUAAAAAUUUAUAAAAAUAAAAAUAAAUAAA